AUGAACAGAAUUAUUUCAGAUUCUGAACUGGUGUCUGGUAUUCCCUACGCAUCUGCAGUUCCAGGACUGAUACAGUAUCUUCAGAGCAUCACCAAACUUGCGAUAUCAGUAUUGUCAGUGACUGCAGGUCCUGACAUCCACAGCAGAGGUUCAUGUUUUGCAAAGCAAAGAGGCCAGCCGUCAUUGUCAAUAGAUCGGCUGCUUCACUGUGAGUUUCAUGAGGUGCUGGAAGUUCUUUAUAACACAGAUCUCAGAAAUGUGCUUUCAAAGACGGAAUGCUCUACAAAAAUGAAUCCAAACAAGCUCUUAAACUGGAGUUUAAACGUUGUAGAUGCCUCCAACAGCACUGAAGUUCAAAGCAUAGCUCUCAAAUUUGCUUCCAAGUUGGUUGCCCAUCUUUUGCAGAACCAUCAUCAGAUUUCAGAAGAAGUCCUGAAAAAAUGGGUUCAGCUGAUAGCUUAUUUUUGUGAAGAUGAGCAACAGACAGAAAUGCUGUUAGCAAUUGCUGAAGUUCUUAAAGGUGUAACAUCGUUCCUUCUGAUCAAUGAGAAGCUCAUUCUUGGGUUGUCUGAUACCCUUGCUAUGUGGAAAUGCGUAGUUCUACUGCUGCAGAAUGAAGAUUUGGUAGUAAGAGAUGCUGCUGCUGAGGUUAUACAAGUGGCACAAUCUGAAAGGAAGAGCACUAAAGGAACAGAGUGUGCACUUAGGAUAGUGAAUGCUCCCAUGGCCUUGGAUUUAGCCUUUGGCAUAUUGUGUGAGCUGCUCCAGCAGUGGGGAAUGCUUCGUGCUGGUGUGCCGAUCCUGCUGGAGUGGCUGCUGGGAGACAGCCAUCUGCAAAGAGACUCUGCGACUUCAGCCCUGGAAGAAGAUGAUCACCUAUUUGAUAAAGGAGAAGUCAAUUUUUGGGCAGAGAAGUUGACUCACGUCAGGCAACUCAGUAAGCACAUUCUACAGCUUGUAUCAGUAACUCAUCUAACUUUACCAGAUCACGGAGAACUCCAUCGACUGUCAAGAAUAACAAUGGAUCAAGCGCAGAUGGUUGGACAUCUUCUCAGAGCACUGCCUCGGACUCCAGAAUUUUCCAGAACUGCAGAAUUCACAAGAUUGUCUAUUGAAAAGGAAAGAUUAUCAGUCUGCCUUAAAAUAUUAAACCUGCUGAAAUCUGAUGAUUCUUGCUAAAAUGAAAGCUCACCCUUGUGCCAUCUUCCAUGUGUGCAGCACACAAAACAGCUCUGCUCACAUCAGUCGUCUUCAGGAUUAUUUACAGCUGUGCCUAUCUUACUUGGAUGUACUGAAUUCUAACAAUAUUCAAGGAAUAAUCCUUUGCUGUAACAGCUCUGGUAAACCUGCAGCAAACCAUUCAGUGUUCAGGCCUAACACUUUUUUUUAAUAUAUGAGUCCACUGAUUUAUUUUUUU